AUGUUCCAUCCCACCCUCAAGCAUAUCUUGUCGGCAUCUGGAGCAUCUGCCCUCAAAGUUCAUUCUACAGCAGAUCCUGAUUUCCCUUUGGUCCAAAGCAUUGAGGAUGCCCACAAAAUCGGAUGCCACCAUGUUGUCACGUCUAGAAACGGUUUGAAUGCCGCAAGCAUUGGGUUUGAAGGAGAAAUCAAAAUCUGGGCCCAGCAAAAUGGGUCAUGGUCUGAGAUCACCCAACUAUCACAUGCCUUACGGCAGUCAGACGCUUGGGCGAUCGUUCUGUCAGACGAUGCCAAAUACCUCGCUGGGACGACACAUGAUGGCCACAUCAAGGUUUGGGAUCUCACUAGCAACGGAGAACAGUUUAGGGAUUAUGAAACCAAAGGGACCUUCGGCUCGUGCAUUGAUAUGUCUAGUGAUGGAAAGUACAUAGCAAGUGGCCAUGAAAGCGGAAGCAUCUAUAUAUUUAGUAACGAAACUGGUCGUAUGCCGUUUUCAUUAUCCGGACUUGUGAAACCAGUGCGUGCAGUUGCAUUCUCUCCUGGCGGAAAGCUGCUGGCAGCAGCAGGAGAUUCUAGAGUAAUUGCGCUCUAUGACACAGAGUCUGGCGAGCAAGUUGCCCAACUCUCCGGACACUCAGCAUGGGUAUUGUCUCUGGACUGGAGCCAUACUGGCGAGUACCUUCUAAGUGGAAGCUCCUUCGAUGGGAAAGUGAAAGUAUGGUCUAUUGAGCGAAGAGCUUGCGUUGCAACUCAUUCAGAGUCAGAAAAGGCCGUGUGGAGUGUGAAAUGGUUACCAAAAGUAGGAAAGACCGAAGGAUUUGCGACCGCCGGCGCCCAUCGCAGUGUAUGGUUCUACCGAGAAGCGACUGGAGGUUAG